AUGGUUACUAAUGAGUUGAAAAUGCUAAGAGAUGAACAAGUUCAAUAUAGGGAGAGAAGCAUGAGUGGAGAAUCCCAAGGUGAGCAAGAAAACUUAAGAGUAGGAGAUUACUAUCCUUCUUCAUCAAGAAGGCAUAGGCGUGAUUAUGAAAAUUUUCCUCCUCCUCCUAAGGAAGUCAAUGUGGUAUUGCCUCAUUUUCAUGGGAAAGAUAACAUUGAGGCUUACCUUGACUGGGAAAUGAAAGUAGAGCAAAUAUUUGCUUGUCAACAAGUGUCGGAGGAAAGGAAAGUCUCUCUAGCUACCCUUAGUUUUCAAGGGUAUGCCAUGUAUUGGUGGACUGCUCUAGUCAAAGAGAGACUGAGACAACAACUUCCUCCCAUUAAAUAUUGGAAUGAACUCACAGCUGCUCUCAAGAAAAGGCACAUUCCCUCUUACUAUAAAAGGGAACUCAUGGAUAAGCUCCAAAGGUUGCAACAAAAGUCUAUGUCUGUUGAAGGCUAUAGACAACAAAUGGAGCUAUACAUAAUGAGAGCAGGGAUCACAGAGGCAGAGGAAACUACUUUAGCUAGAUUUUUGAGUGGGUUAAAUUUGGAAAUAAGGGAUAAAGUAGAACAACAAAAUCAGCGGAAAAUUUCUGCCAAAAGAUUUCAGUCUCCCUUUGAGCAGAAAUUUACUAAAGCAAAAGAACCCCUCAAACCUCUAGCCAAAAUAGUUGAAAAACCAAACAAAGAGUCCUCUUCACACACUCGCACAAGUGAUAUAAAGUGUUUCAAGUGUUUAGGUAGGGGUCAUAUAGCUGCUCAAUGUCCUACUAAAAGAACCAUUCUUUUAAAGGGAAAGGACAUCUAUAGCAGUGAAAGUGAAUCCCCCACCAGUGAUAGUGAGAGUGAAACGGAAAAAGAAGAGGAAGUUACCAGACUAGUUGAAAAACUGAAUCUUGCUGUAAUACCCCAUCCCAAACCUUAUAGACUUCAUUGGCUAAAUGAAGAUGGGGACAUUACAGUCAAGAAUCAAGUUAAAGUGGCUCUAUCCAUAGGGAACUUCAAAGAUGAAGUUGUUUGUGAUGUAGUUCCUAUGGAAGCUUUCCAUGUGCUAUUGGGAAGACCAUGGCAAUUUGAUCAUAACACUAUACACCAUGGUCUUACCAAUACCAUAACUGUGCACAAACAAGACAAGAAAUUUGUGCUUCAACCUUUGACACCUACUCAAGUGGCACAAGAUCAAGCACAAAUGAAGUCCGCUAGGGAUCAGGAAAAGAAACAGAAAAAGAAAAAAAUUACAAAACAAAAGAGUGGAGAAAAAGAGGUGAUAGAGUCCAGUGUUCCUUCCUACAAGGUCACUCAACAUGAAGUACUUUUAAAUAAAAAAACUUUAAACAACACACUUCAAGUUGAGCAACCUUCAUACCUUCUUCUUUGCCAAGGAACACUCACUUGCACAUCUAGUGAGUCUCAGACUACUACUCUUUCUCUUUCAAUACAAAAACUCUUGAAGGAAUUUGAUGAUCUAUUCCCCAAAGAAAUUCCAAAUGGGCUUCCACCAUUAAGAGGAAUAGAACAUCAAAUUGACUUCAUUCCAGGGGCAACUCUUCCUAAUAGGCCUGCCUAUAGGACUAAUCCCCAAGAAACCAAAGAGAUUGAGUCACAAGUCCAAGAAUUACUAGAUAAGGGUUUGAUCUUAAGAGCGGAUAUCACCAAAUUCGAAUCAAAGAAGGUGAUGAGUGGAAAACUGCUUUUAAAACUAAGUUUGGGUUAUAUGAGUGGCUAG